GCCCCACCCCGCAGGUCCCGCCGUGGCCAGGACGGAGCAGGAGGAGAUGGAAGCACCGGGAUGCACCGGCUCAGAAUGGCUGGUGGUCCCCAAGGCGGAGGUGACCCCCGAGGAUGACAGGGAUGAUCCAGGGGAGCCAGAGCUCCACGACUCAGGGCAGUGGCUGGUGCGGAAGGUGAAGGUGGAGGAGGAGGAGGAUGAGGCCGAGGCCUGGGCGGCCGCAGCCGGAACCGGGGCCCCGCUGACGCCGCCGCCCCUUCCCGGCGCCUUCGCCGCCGAGCCCGCCGGGUCCCCGGGGAUCGCCGGUGCCUGCAAGGCGGAGGAGCCGUGCCCGGAGGAGCUGGGGUACGGGGUGCUGCCGGCCUGGGGGCUGGGGCCGCGCCUGGACGGCAUCGGGAUCGGCUUCGGGGUGGGCACGGGCACGGGCGUGGGAUUGAGCCCCAGCGCCGGCGGGUGCGGGCGCCGCUCGCAGCCCGGCCCGCGGCCCUUCUGCUGCCCGCAGUGCGGGAAGGCUUUCGGCAAGAAGGCGCACCUGACGCGGCACCUGCGGGUGCACACGGGCGAGCGGCCCUUCCCGUGCCCGCACUGCGGCCGCCGCUUCCGCCAGCGCAUCCACCUGCGCUCGCACCUGCGCACGCACACCGGCGAGCGGCCCUACCCCUGCCCGCGCUGCGCCCGCCGCUUCCGCAAGAAAACGCACCUGGACCGGCACCUGCGCACGCACACCGGAGAGCGGCCGCACCCCUGCCCGCGCUGCGCCCGCCGCUUCGCCCACCGCCAGCACCUCCUGCGCCACCUGCGCCUGCACGGGGACCCCGCCCCGGGGCACGGAGAUGGGCACGGCCCUGCCGAGGAGAAGCCGCUGCCCUGCCCGGGGUGUGAGAUGAGCCUCACCUGGAAGCAGAGCCCGGCGCCGCACCUGGGGCUGCACACGGGAGCGGUGCUGGGAGCUGGGAAUGGACACCUGGAUGAGCACCGGGACGGGGACAGGGACGGCCCUGCCGAGGAGAAUCUGCUGAUUUGCCCCCAGUGUGGGACGGGCAUCCCCUGGAAGCAGAACUUGUCGUCGCAGCUGUGGCAGCACCUGGAGAGCCAAGCCCUCGGCUGUGCCCAGGACCCCCAGCACCCCCUGCAGCCCCCACAGGAGCCCCCAGCCCAGGACCCCCAGCACCCCCCGCAGGUGCCCACGGCCGAGCCCCCCUUCGUGCAGGACCCUCAGCUCUUGUCACAGGUGCCCGGUGCCAACGGCAGCCACGGCUGCGCCCAGGACACCCCGCCCCUCCUGCAGCCCCAGCCACAGGUGCCCGGUGCCCAGGACCACCAGCCCCGGCUGCAGGUGCCCGGUGCCAAAAGCGGCCAGGGCUGUGCCCAGGACCCCCCGCAGGUGCCCCCUGCCCAGCGCCCCUUCACGUGCCCCCAGUGCGGGCGCGGCUUCGGGCGCAAGGCGCACCUGGCGCGGCACCUGCUGGUGCACUCGGGCACGCGGCCCCACGCCUGCGCCCGCUGCGGCCGCCGCUUCAGCUCCAAGACCAACCUGGGCCGGCACCAGGCCGUGCACACGGGGCUGCGGCCCCACCACUGCGCCCGCUGCGGCCGCGGCUUCACCCGCAAAACGCACCUGGAGCGCCACGAGCGCACCCACGGCACCGGCACGGGCACAGGGACGGGCACGGGCACCGCUGGGGCAGGGAUGGCCACAGCCACCGCUGCCACUGGCACCGGUGUCACUGGGUCCCAGCUGGGCUGGCCAGAGCCCCCGACCCUCUGUCCCUGAACGCCUGGAGGUGCCAGGGGCUCUGGUGGUUGCCAAUGGUGAAUCCCUGGCACGGCCGUGUCAGGAGGUGCUGGGAGGUGCCAUGGUCCCUGAUGGCUGCUGUGGAUGUGCCAGGGGACCC